AUGUUGAUAACACACCUGCAGAUUCCUUUGAAGAGAUGGGUUCUCAAUAAACCUAUUAACCUAAGGUCUAUCUUUGGAAGAAACUAUUCCUCUUUACCACCAAGGAAAUCUUACCAUGCAAAUUUAAAUCCUAUUUCAUUGUUAUGGAAUACAAAAGUUUCACCGACAUUCAAAUACUGUUCUUCAAUUGCCAUAGUUGCAAUAUCCAUGUCACAUAUACAUCCUAAUAUCAUAAUUACAGUCGGUCCACCAGUUUUGUUAGGAAGUUGGUAUUUGUAUACCAAAUGGAGGAAAAUUCAGUAUGCAACAGAAUCUCAGAAAUUAAUACCAAAGUCAAAGGAACAGUUUAAUUCGAAAGAUAAUGAUAUCAUCAUAAGUAAAUAUAACGAGGCUGAAAUAUCUAAUGUGCUCAAUGGAAUUGAUAAUGAAUUUGAUAACUUCAAAAGACAGGUUAUUGAGAUUAUUGAGAGAAGAAUUAUAGAUUACAUUAUACUCAAUCAAGAUCAACAUAACGAGAUGUUUUCUUUAUUUAUUGACGAAAACAAGCAAGUCUCAAUAAAGCUAAAUGAAAAUGAUAUUGAAACCUUUAUUGUACUGUCAGCACCAGUACCUGAUUUUGAUUCAAUUGAAGAUAGUGAAACAAGGUCUCCGUUGCAACAAAACUUCCAAGAUUUUAUCAAGUUAUCUUUACCAUUUUUUUCAAGUAAGGAUGCCUCUAAUCGGAAAAGAUUAGGAACUAUUGAAUGCUAUCUACUUAAAAUGAAUAACACCCAAGAGACGAAUUUCAUACAUUAUAAAAUUUUAAUUGAAAUUUCUCCAUAUAAAUGGAUUGUCGAAUCUAAGGAUAAAUUAGUUAUCGAAUACAUUGAAGGCGAAGGAGUAUAUACUAGCAAAAUGUUUAAUGAAGCAAAAAAGUCAAGAAAGUCAGAAAGCCAAGACGAUGAAGAAAUCACUGUAAAUAUUUAA